AUGAAUUCAACUGGCGAACAUAAUGUCUGGAAGUUCGAUCAACUCGCUCCAUUCGUCAUAUUCAGCUCUAUUCAUUCAUUUUCGCUGGUUUUCAAUGCGUUCUUUUUCCUUGUUAUCAAGCAAUUUGGUGAUAGAAAAACCACUCCGAUUGUCUUCAUUUAUAAUAUGAUAUUGAGCAAUGUUAUGAACAUUAUCGGAACUUAUAUUGGUUUCCUGCUUCCUUUGGUGUGGACUGACGAGUUCUACUUCGGCAAGCAGUUCCGCCAAAAUUACAGCGCAUUUCUGACGCUUUUCAUCGCCUUCUCUUAUCGCCACCAGCUUUUCCUAUCAUUUCUAAUGAUAAUUCAACGAUUUUAUUGUGUGCUCAAUCCGACGACUCAAACAUUCACCGACUACUAUCUAUGGCUAUACAGCGGGCUUUUGAUGGCAUUCGGUGCUCUACUCCUUCUCAUUCCGUUCCUUUCAGAUUGCUAUAUGUAUACCGAUCAAAGGAGACUGAAAAUCCUGUCGGCUUGUGAGCCAAACGUGCACCCGAUAGCCAAAUAUCAUAUCAAAUUUACCGCCUACGCGCCGUAUAUCUCAUUGAUCUUCACUAUUGCUCUCAUAUUCUACGUGUCCGCAAAGCAUGGAAAAACAUUCAAAAACAGUCAAACAUCGAAUUCGAGAAUUUUGAAGAAAAUACGGAAUUAUGAGAAGAACAUGUUGAUUCAAGCAGUGUCGACGACAAUCUUCCUGACAGUCUAUGAUUUUGGCGGAAGAAUUUCGAGAUUCAUCUCGCCAGCAUUUGUUGUGCUCACUUCCACCGAUAUUUUCUACAUAUUCUACAUUCGGGCAGCUUUUGCAACUCUCAUCACGUUCACCGUAUAUGGGAUUGCAACGAGAAGGACGCGCAAUUUGAUAAUCACCUCAUUGUUUUGGCUGAUUCGCGGGGACAAUGGAAAACAGAUCAGUGUGGUGUCCACGCAAAUUCGACGCACUUCACAUCUCUAA